AUGAAGCUCACUUUGCAAAACCUCAGCACCCUCCUACUAGCCUCCCUACCCCUGGGCACAGCUAUCCUCUCCAGAGAACUAUGUCCCAGCUGGCCUAAGCCAGAGAACUGCAGCAACCAAGGCUGGGACUGGUCCUACUACAGCAACCCCCUACGCAACAAUGGUGAGAACUACCCCGGAUUCCGCGCGGAUGUCUACAAGACCCGUAUCCCAAUCUAUUCCGACGUAACACCCUGGAUCGGAGGCCACCUCGGCUACACGAAUGCCAACCCCGAUACCACUACCUUCUACGGCUCCCCUGUCGAGCUCAACAGCACGUACUUCGCUUUGAACCACCAAGCAUACCUCUAUGCCUGCGAGGGCGGCACCUGGCAGUUUGACAUCACAGACGUCGACGACGUGGUAUUUGCCUGGAUCGGCGAAACAGCGGUCUCCGGGUGGACGGACGAGAAUGCUGACGCGAAGGCCGUAUGGUCGUUUGCGCGUAACGAUAACCGCCACGGCUCUGCCAGCGUCAGGAAGGACCUCGAGGGCGACCGCUUCUACCCUUUGCGUUUCGUCUUCGCGAACGGUCAGCGGUACGGCCUCUUCAACCUUACUAUUACCAGUCCAAGCGGCAUCAUCGUGUACCAGUCCGGCCGAGACAGCGAUUGGAUUGUCCGGUAUUCAUGCGACUUCGACACAUCGGCCCUGCGCUUUCCCGACUUUGGGUCGGAGGAGUGA